AUGGAGCUAAAACAUAGGUUUGAAACAGAACUAACGUUCCAGAGAAGGGCUGACGGGUGUAUAGACUGUCCUUCAAGCAUAGACCCUUGUCCCACAUGCCCUUCAGGUCAGGUCUGCCAUCAGAUCUCACGAACAUGCGACCAGUGUCCGAAAAACGUGUGUGUGGAGAACAAAUCUAGCUCUUCUGGAGGCGGCACGCCUGUUGGGGGUAUUGUGGGUGGUGUUGUAGGCGGUGUGGUGGUGCUAGCGCUUCUUCUAGGUGGGCUAUGGUACUAUAAGAAGAUAUACCGCAAGAAACACCCUAUGUUGGAGGAUGAUUUGGCCAUGGACGAUUAUAAAACAGAUAUGGAGGAUUCAGAUACGCGUUCGCCUAGAAACACGUUAUCCAGUGGUGAAAUGGACGGUGCUGGCGUGGCGGGUGCUAACGGAAGACCCGUGAGACCACAAGCCAGACGUACGGAUUCGAACAACUCGCUUAAGAAAAACCAUCGUGUUUCUUCGUACGAGUCGUUUAUGCGUCCUCAAGCAAGGUACGCUCGUCGUGGAGGUGCUAACCUGGCCAGGGGAGGUCGUGGAGGAAGAUCUCACGCUCAAGGUAGAAACUUAUCGCCGUACGGUGAUAACGACUCAUCCAAACGUAACUCCAUUGCUACGACCAUUUCCACGACCAACGCAUCUAACAUCUUGCCGGUGGCUUAUAUUCCUGGUGUCACGGUGAGACCUACAAAGAACAAUACUCGUUCGAUAUACUCGUACGAGUCAGACUCUAUUUUCUCCGAUAUCAACACGAUCGAGAAUGCAUCUAUUAUAGCCGAAAGAACGGGCCAGCUGAAGUCGGCAACCAUGACAGCUAUUCGUGCCCAGCCUAAGCUUGUGAAUGUGGCUCGAAUAGACGAGGGAGAUGAAGAGGAGGAUGAGGAAGACGACGACAUUGAGGACCACAACGACACCUCAUGGAACUCUAACACUAAAGAUUCUGUGAUCACCAGCACGCAGGUCGUGAAUGAGCUGACGAAUACGCUAGAUCAUCAUAGCGACACGGACAUCGAUUCCGAUGUGGAUUCGGACAUUGGCGAGAUCAACCGCGCCACCAGCGUAAGGCGUCCACAAGGAGAGGUGGUUGCUCCUCCUCAGAUCUUGAUCGAUGGAGAUCUUGAGCAGGAUGACCAUCUGAGCGCCGGUUCUUUCAUCUUGGAUAUCGGUAAAGGGCCCCAGCAGACAGAAUGA